CGGUUUUGGUUCCGGGUGAGGGCGGCGCCAUGACGGGCCGCGGGUCGCCCAGCCGGUUCCUGACCGCCGUCCUGCACAACGGCGUGGGCCGGUACGUGCGGCAGCUCCAGCGCCUCCAGCUCCUCUUCAGCCCCACCGCGGCCGACGCCCGUGGCGCCAGGCAGUUCGUGGAGGAGGCAGCACUUGACUUCGCCCGGCGUCACCCCGAUGUCGUCCUCUAUGUCAGCCCCCGCGCUGGCCCAGCCCCACUGCUGCUGGCCGAGUACUUGAACGGGACGGUGCGGGAGGAGCUCAUUGCCAGCAUGACGAGCGAGGAGAUCCUGCAGCUGGCCACCAAGCUGGCCGGCCAGUCCGGCCUGGACAUCAUCCGCAUCCGCAAGCCCUUCCACACCGACAACCCCAGCGUCCAGGGCCAGUGGCACCCCCUCACCAACAAACCAUCUGCCCUCACCGUCCGGGGCCCACGCCUGCAGCCCCAAUAAAGCCUCUGCCCCACG